AUCUAGUGGUCUUUAUUUACCCGCACUCUAUAUUCACUCUCUGUAUCUAUAACUGUCUCUCUAUCUCUCUCUGUUUUUCUCUCUCCCGCAAGGAUUUAAUUUUUAAUUAAAAACCCAUUUUGGAUUCUCAGUGUUUUGCUUGUCACUUCCAAGCAUCACUCUCAUGGCUUCCAUCAUUGAAUCUGGUUGGCUGUAUCUGAUCACGCAUUUCAGCGACUUCCAACUAGCUAGUAUGGGAAGUUUCCUUCUUCAUGAAAGUGUUUUCUUCUUGUCUGGGCUUCCAUUUAUAUAUCUUGAAAGAGCUGGAUUGCUAAGCAAAUACAAGAUUCAGAUAAAAAACAAUACCCCUACUGCUCAAGAAAAAUGUAUCACUCGCCUACUUUUGUAUCAUUUUAGCGUCAAUUUACCGCUUAUGAUUGUCUCGUAUCCCGUCUUCAGAUGCAUGGGCAUGAGAAGUAGUCUACCAUUGCCAUCCUGGAAAGUGGUUCUAACUCAGAUAAUAUUCUACUUCAUUCUGGAGGAUUUUGUGUUUUACUGGGGACAUCGUGUUUUACAUACAAAAUGGCUGUACAAGCAUGUACACAGUGUCCAUCAUGAAUAUGCAACACCAUUCGGACUGACAUCGGAAUAUGCUCACCCAGCUGAGAUAUUGUUCCUUGGCUUUGCCACAAUUGUUGGUCCUGCCAUCACCGGCCCACAUCUGAUUACUCUCUGGUUGUGGAUGGUUCUUAGAGUCCUCGAGACAGUUGAGGCACAUUGUGGUUACCAUUUUCCAUGGAGCCUCUCGAACUUUCUUCCUUUAUAUGGGGGUGCUGAUUUUCAUGACUAUCAUCAUCGUUUGCUUUACACGAAAUCUGGCAACUACUCAUCCACUUUCAUUUACAUGGACUGGAUAUUCGGUACCGAUAAAGGCUACAGAAAGCUGAAAGCACUAAAACACAACGGAGUCGGAGUCGAAGAUGACAGCAAGCAAACAUAAUGGAGAGAAAACUAGUUUCGAGUUCGAGGGGUCGGGAUUAUUUAUUAAUCGUUUAAUGACUUUAGGUAUAAUUUAUCUUUUUUAUUUCAACAGUAAUAAAGUGUCAUGUUAUCGUUUUCAUAGGUAAUAAUUUGGGGUAAAAAAAAUUAAAAGUAAUGAAAUAUAAUUUUAAUUAAA